UCUAGUCAACUUGGAGCCAAAUCAACUUGGCAGGAUGCUUAAUCGAUUGUCAAAAGACGUAUAUCCUAGUGUGGCACAAGUAUGCUAAAAGUUGAGUCACUUUGUCGGCAGGACACUUAAUCGAAUGUCGAAAAACACAUAUUUCAAUGUAGCAAAAGGCUUCUAAAACUUGAGUGACGUUUUUGGCAGGAUGCAUAAUCGAACAUCGAAAAGAAAUAUAUCUCAUAUAGCACAAGUAUUUCAAAUGUGUGACUUUUUUUUGGUAGGAUGCUUAAUCAAAUGUCAAAAAGACAUAUAGCUCAAUAUAGCAAAGUGUUGGAAAAGCUGAGUGACUUUUUUGGGUGCUUAAUCAAAUGCAUAAAAGUAGUAGUAAAAGCAGUAUAAAAGCAGUAUUCUGAAAAGCUGAGUUUUACUAUUUACUUAUGCAUCUACAGUCCUCCCUCACUACAUCAUGGUUCAAAUAUUGCUCCCUCACUAUACUACGUUUUUUUUUUAUUAAUUAAUAAACAAAUUAUCACUGUUUGGUGGUUGACUACGGCCUAUUUUUAAUAAAGAAAAUAUUGAAAGGCAAGUUAUAUGUAGUAUUGUGGUCACAAGGCAACAGUAAUGCUACAUGGAUGAGAGAUGAAGUUAUAUUACACUACCUUAACACUGCAAGGAGUCAGUCAUGGCAUGUACGACACAAAAGAGUGAAAAAAAGUUUUCCUCCCCUUCCGUGUGGAAGUGGUAAGGUUUUGGCUUCUUACUUUCUUCCUCACUCCAUUUGAAGCACUUUCUUAAGGUUAGAAUAAGUAAGUUGGAGAGGCUAAAUAGUUAGCUUGAUAGCGGUGGCCGUCUCUUAUGUCACUGCAGUGAUCUCGUAGCCUGCUCAAUGUGGCGUAAACAAAGAAUAAUCGAAGUGUAAAGGUGACUUUUGCAUGUCUUCAGGGCUCUAAUAAGAAUUGUAAAAACCGUAUUUAGAAAGUCAUAAACAGGCUUUCUAUGCUGGAACUUCAUUUACUAAUUUUGAACCGUACUUUGGAAAUUAACUUAUCACGGUUGGGUCUAGAACCAAUUAACCGCGAUAAGCGAGGGACGACUGUAUUUAGUUUGGAGUCUAAUCAACUCGGCAGGAAGCUUAAUCGAAUGUCAAAAAGGAGCAUAUCUCAAUAUAGCACAAGCAUUCUAAAAGUUGAGUGAUUUUUUUGGCAGGAAGCUUAAUCGAAAAGCGAAAAGAUGUAUAUUUGAAUAUAGUGCGAGGCAUCUGAAAUUUGAAUUACUUUUUUGACAGUAUGCUUAAUCGAACGUCGAAAAGACGUGUAUUUGAAUAUAGAGCAAGUAUGCGGAAAGUUGAAUGACUUUUUUGGCAGGACAUUUAAUCGAACAUCGAAAAGCUGUAUAUUUGACUGCAGGGCAAGUAUUCCGAACAUUGAAUGCCUUUAUUUGGCAGUACAUAUACUCAAACGUCGAAAAGACGUAUAUUUGAAUACAGUGUUCCCUCGCUCCAUUGCGGUUCACCUUUCGCUGACUUGCUAUUUGGUGGAUUUUGUCGAUCAAUUAUAGUGUUUUUUUUAACAGCGUAUGAACCCGUUACAGGCUGAGCCUGGCCCUUUAAGAAGAACUGCAUUGUGGGAAGUUGAGUGUUGUAGUUCUCUGCUUUGGCAAAGGCAGUGGUGUCUGUAUUUUUUAUCUUCUGUCUGCACCGCCCAUUGUAUUCUGCGUGCUGAUUGGCUGUAGAACAUGCCGUCUCCUGGUGUGGUCAUGGCUAUCAAACUAGCUAACCGUGUAAGCUGCUUGCUAACUGCCAAUACUGUAAACAAUAGAAGAAACAGAAGAAGCUAACCGUGUGAGGACAAUAUGACGACAGGAGCAAUUUGUUUUAAGACGGAUACAAUGAGAAAAGUGUAUAAAGUAUAUGGUGAGGGUUUUUACAGCCUUAAAACAUAAUAUAAUUUGCUUAUUGCAGGCUAUUUUGGGAACCUAUCACCCCCGUGAUAAACGAGGGAACACUGUAUAACGCAAAUAUCCUGAAAGUUGAAUUACGUUUUUGGCAGGAUGCUUAAUCGAAUGUACAUUUCCAUAUAGCACAAGUACGGUAAAAGUGGAAUGACUUUUUUUUUCACUAUUUAGCCAUCUGUUCAAUUUGGAGCCUAAUGAAGUCGGCAGGAUGCCCAAUUGAAUGUCGAAAAGACUGUUUUGGUGCAAGUGAAUGAGUUUUUGGUUGGUCUCAUAAUGGGGUGAUCAUUCCUUCUUUGUUCCGACGCUCACUUUACACAUGCAUUGGUUUUUUCACAUCUUUUCCAAACUUUUGAAGCAGUCUUACACACUUUUUGAUAGUUCUAUGGGCACAAAUGACAAAAAAAGUGGUCGUUCUGCAGCUGUUGAGUAGUAAAUGAUGGUGGUGGUGAGGAGGAGGGAGGAGGUCAGCAUUCUGCUGAACUGGGCUCACUUUGACGGACUUUAUUGGCUGGUUGACUUGUAGGUGAGUUAAUUUGCAUGCGUGCAGUUGCAGUUUUAUAGGUUGUUCUGGGCUUGUGCAAGGGAGCAAAAGCGGCGAUUGGGGGAAGCCACUCAGAUUAGACGGUGGCUGCACGGCGGAGGAGAAGCAUCUCUUUGUCGGGCUGUCAUUUGCCUCUCUCUCCCCCCCUCUCUCUCUCUCGCUCUCUCUCUCGCCCCCUCUCUCCUCUCUCUCUCUCUUACACACACACACACACAAACAGCUCCACACUUGAGCGCAAAACGCCACACUCGCAGCUUGAAUCUCGCGUUUUGAAGAUCGAAACCUGCACCUUGUUUUGUAUUUUUAUGCUCUCAUCGGCGGAAUUGGACCCCCUCCUCCCAGCCUCGUCUGAUAUAAAUAUAUAGGCUACAUACAAUACAUACAUAGGCAGUAUUUAACAACGCCAGCUGCUCUCUGGACCCUGCGGUGCAUGGUGCAUGCUGCUGAAGCGGCUCAACAAAUGCAGAAAAGGGACAAAAGUUUCGGUAUACAAAUGCUUUCCGUCCAGCCGGACACGAAGCCAAAAGGCUGUGCCGGCUGCAACCGGAAGAUCAAGGACCGCUACCUGCUGAAGGCCCUCGACAAGUACUGGCACGAAGACUGCCUUAAAUGUGCCUGCUGCGACUGCAGGCUGGGCGAGGUGGGCUCCACGCUCUACACCAAAGCCAACCUCAUCCUCUGCCGGAGAGACUACCUACGGUUGUUUGGUGUAACGGGGAACUGCGCAGCCUGCAGCAAGCUGAUUCCAGCCUUCGAGAUGGUCAUGCGGGCCAAGGAGAACGUCUACCACCUGGACUGUUUCGCAUGCCAGCUCUGCAAUCAGAGGUUUUGUGUGGGAGACAAGUUUUUCCUGAAGAACAACAUGAUCCUGUGCCAGACGGACUAUGAAGAGGGGCUAAUGAAGGAGGGCUACGCUCCCCAGGUUCGCUGACCCUCGUCAGGGUGGAAAGGAGAAAGGAGACAGGAGCCGGGGAAGACUGAUGGAGAGCUUGCAAUCACACAACAAAAAGCACUAUCCAGCUCCUGUCCCCCACGUGUACAUAAUGAAGCCUUCCUUGGGUGGGGAGGUACUUGACUGUACAGAAUAGCCAUAGAGACUGCAGGAUCGCAGGCCCCGGAAUCUGGCUACACAUAUGGGAGAAAAUAACGUUUUGUUUGUUGGUGACUGACGAAUGCUGCCGCUUUCCUCUUGGCAAACAAAACACUGGCCUCAGAACAACCAAAAGCAAGCUGCCGGACAGAUAUUUAUACGGCCAUAUGACAAGGACUGCACAGUCCAGCUACUUGAAUCUAGAACACACAGAGGUAUCAGUGGAACUGUUUGGGAAAGACACCUUUUUAACUGAUGUCGGUGUAUUCAAAUGUAAAUGUGGCUCAUCAAAUAAUGAUUAAUUUAAUUCCUGUGCGUGUGUGUGUGCGCGUUUUGAGUGGUUUCUUUUUCUCAUGCAGUCUCAGUUUGAUCUUCAGAAUCUGUCUCAACAUGGUUUUUCUAUGCUGAUUUCUAACAUACUCGUUUUUACAGACUGAUGCAGUGGAACCCGUUUAGGUCGAGCCUUUUUGUGUUGACCGUCCGUCUAAGUCGACCAACUCAUCAAGCCCCGUUCCACCAUGUUGUUCUUAUUUCUAAAAAGUGCCCGCUUAAGUCCACACACAUGUUGGACCGCUUCUGUUGACAUCAAAUUUCAGACCCGAAAAGGUGGUUUCAUGUAAAAUCAGUCAGUUUGUGUCGGCAUGCGUUGUAGUAUUGUUAACUUCACCGUCAUCGCUUGCGUUUUCUUGCAAAAGCAGAUUAUUGGUUAUGUCGACAACCUGUUAUGUCGACGUGCGUCAGCCAAUAAGCGAUUUCCACCACAUAGAAUACGGUGCAAAAGUCUUACGUCACCACUUUGUUGUUUUAAUUAACUUUUCAAAGCGGUAACGUUGACAAAACAUAGAUGGCACAAUUAUGCAAAGAAUCGAAGUCCGCUUUCCACAAAACUUGGUGAAGGCAGUGGAACAACAUUAUUAUGUUAUUAUAAUAAUAACAUUGUUUAAUUAGAACACACAUAUGGUGGUCUACAUUUUUCAGUUUUACAUCAUUGUACUGUAUUUGGUCAUUAUAGCAUUGCUAAUACAACAAAUCUAACGGGGCCGUAUGACUUUUUCAAUGUACUGCGCAUUUAGUGAGCCUUAAAAAAAGUUCAUGGUCAAGACCAGGGUGUUGAAAGUAUGGGGCCUCCCCUCGGAACAUACAGUAGAAAGGUUAGGCUUACAGUAUGUUGGGAAGACAUAACUUAACAUUUAAAAUAGCCCUGCUAGUAAAUAAAUAGGAAAAUUAAAUGCAAGAACCAUCCAUUCAGACUCUCCUCUCUCACCCUAGGACAGGGGUCGGCAACCUUUACCAUCAAAAGAGCCAUUUUGUCUCCUCUUCCAGUGAAAAAAAAAAGUCUGGAGCUGCAAAAAUGACACAGCUUAUAAACUUUUCAAAGUUUAGAAUCUUUUUUUAAAUUUUACCUGUUCCAACAACAAAAUUUAACCAGCAGAAGUGCAACGUGCAUUUGCUGGCCUGCUAACUAUAUAAGCCUUUUUUCAGUGGUUCCUGUCAUUGUGUAAAAUUCAAAAAAUCAAAACGUAGCCAACUUUAACAUAAAAAAGCCCAUCAGAGUUCACAUUUCUGCAUACCUGUGUUUCCUGCUCGAUACCGUUUACACCUGCGCUAAAUGAAUGUCAUCACCCGCCUGCGACGUUUGUUGCUUUUCUAUUGGUCCUGUCCUUGAGAGACAGACAAAGCACAGUAACAACAUCAACAAAAUAAUUCACUUUUAUUACAUAGGAUUGUUUGAGCAAAAACAACUUUUUUGCCCCCAAAGCACCUCCUCUGUCCAACAACUUAUUCCCUGAGUCUGAAAACGAUAGAACAAUAUAUAACGCUAUCAACAAUGUACUGUAACAAUAUGAGCGACACAGCAAAAAACACAUAUGAUAAAAUAUCAAUCUGAUCACACUAGUAUCGAUCAGAUCGAUCCGCCCACCCCAGUAGGAAAUAACCAAUCAAUUUUGCCUUUACUAUAGCUGAAGUUGGCUUUGCAAUUGUUCAAAAAUAUAAAUACAGUAUACUAUUUUAGUUUUUUUCAAGCUACUAGUCUAUGACUUCCAUCCACUCUCUACUGUAUCUUACACUUUGAAAACCACCGGAUGAAGUGAUUUCAUUCCUUUAACUACAUGAUCAUGUACUUUAUGUAGUAUCGGACUUCUUGGAUUUGGGAUGCAGCACAUAUUUUUUGAAUGAGGAGUGUAUUUAUGAACUCUUCCCAUUGGUCAAAGUAGACAGGGGGUCUGCUCAUGGAGGCUUGUUGUUGUAGCACAUGUACAGGUGUAUAAAAUUAUGUUGGGGGGGGGGUUUGUACAUUAUUUAUUUGUCAAGCGUGUGCAAAAUUUUGCAUUCUUUGAAUACUUGAAUGCAAUUAAUGAUUGAUGCGAUAUCAUUGCUCACAGAUAACGCCUCGUCAUCUUGAUCAUGCCUCUUCUUCCUCUGCAAACCGUCCAGCUCUGACUGUCAUUAAUUCUCCGCUCCCAAACAUCAUUUGUAAAAAGUGGGUGUACAUAAAAGAAUAUUUCCUUUUGCUUGCUACUACUGUACAAUUCUUUCUUUUUACGUGUCAUCCAGCAUGAGAUGUUUAUUUUUAGGACAACGCUUGUAAAUACUGUAAUUGUAAUAAUUUUAAGCACAAAUGUAAUACAGUUUUAUUGUGUUA